CUGAGUGUGGGUGCUCGGGAGGAGUGAUACGGGCUGGCUGUGUGCGCGCUCGGCUCUGGCUCUGGCGAUGGUGGACGCGGCUGGCGCGCGCAGGCCGGAGCUCGAGCCUGAUGUACCGGUACCGGAGAUCACCCCGCUGGACCGGUACGAGCCGGGCCGGGCGAGGGCGCGCGCGGGGGUGCGCUGGCUCAUCGGCAAGGCCUACGGGCGCGCAGAGAACAUCCCGGCCGAUGUGUUGGAGGCCGUAGCUGAUGAUCAUCAUGGGGAAGUUCUCGGUCCUGCAGUGGAGCGCCUCCUGCUGUCCAGUGAGCCGUACUGCAGCACCAUCACUUCCCUCCUACAGACCCAAACCGGCUCACCGGCGCCCCCUAAAGACCACGCCAGCCUGCUGCGGCUCCUCCAGCACCGCGGCCUGGCACCAACGCUCUCCCAAAAACCCGUCACAGACGCCCAGCUCACCAACAAACCCAUCAACCUGGACGCCCACUUGGCACUCAUUGAUACGCUGAUGACGCUGGCGGCCACGGAGACUGUGGGUUCGAUAAAGAUGGCGAAGGAGGCGGAUCAGUUUGGCGAGGGGGCGAGCUGGGAGAAUUCUCUACUCUUCUGGAUCAACAAGUUGAACCAGAAGAUGAGGGAGAGUACGGAGACAGAGGACGUACCAAAACCACCGACCUGCACAGAUCUGCAACCCGUCCAACCAACAUGUCCAACGCGAUGGUACUGGAAGCUGGUCCCACAUGCCAUCGCUUUUUGUUUGAAGGAGUCGGGGAAAAAACCUCCUGUGAUCCGCUAUAGGAAAGAUAAAGUGCGCUCUAAACAGACUCCCACCUUUUCCGUCGUGUCCGGAGUGAAAGAUCUGUCUAACGGUUGUGCCAUCGCUGCUACCAUACACUUCUACUGCCCCCAGCUGCUGCCCCUGGAGGACGUCUGUCUGAAGGACACGAUGUCCGUUGCGGACAGUCUACAUAACCUGCAGUUGAUCCGAGAGUUCUGUGACAGUCACCUGAAAAGCUGCUGCCCCCUAGUGCUGGAGGACCUGCUCUACGCCCCACCAUUGUUACGGGUGAACAUCAUGUGCUUCCUCUCCGAGUUACUGGCGGUGUUUGAAGUGCAAAAGCCAGAUUUCGUCAAGCCCUUACACAAUCUGGAUCUUACAGAUGCAUCUGGAAUGGAGGACUGCACCAGUCCCAUCAGUGGACCCAGCGGUUCUCCAUCCUUCCUGUUUAAGCAGCCGCUCUUACCCUCGUCUCCUGGGGGAAAAUCAGAGGGUCGAGGCUGGAGUAAGAAGCAGAUCAGUCGCCCACUCUCCGCUGUGACUUUCAACAUCCCUUUCCCUCUGGACAGCGAUGUGGACGUUGUCAUGGGCAACCCUCUGUUCCGCUCUGUCAGCAACGACAGCCUCACCAACCUCGCCCCCUACACGCCCCCAGAAGAUCUGAGCAAGCUGAUUGGCCAGGCACCAUUAGGGGAGUUGCCCACUAUUGAGGAGGCGCUGCAGGUCAUCCAUACAGGUCGAUCUGUGCGAAACGAACCAGAGGGGGCGCCGGCGGGAUUCUUUCUGCACUCCCCGGAUAAGGAGGACAAGACUAGACUGAGCAGCUCCGCCCCCUGCAGGUCAGGGAUGAUGUACCGACCAAUCGGAGGCAGUGGAAGGCGAGCAUGUGGUGGGACCAGGAGACCUGGAGUGGACUGUUCCAGAGAUGACGACUCGGUUCUCAGAGAUGGGAGCAUCGAUUCGGAUGCUUCAGAAGAUUUCUCCACAAGGUCCAACCCUGGAACUCCAUCCAAUGGCCCCAAAGGAGGUCGCAUGACAAGUUUUGCAGAGCAAAGGAAGAAGCUUCCAGAGUCCCCAGUUGCCUCCAGGGCACAAGGGUUGGACGAGCCUUCGAGUCCGAUGGUGAUGAGCCCUGCCGGAGCUGCUGAAGCUCAGGAACUGGGGGCACGUCUGGAGGAGAAGCGAAGAGCCAUCGAGGAUCAGAAAAAACGUAUUGAGGCGAUUUUCGCCAAACACAGGCAGAGGCUGGGCAAGACUGCCUUCCAGAAACUGCAGCGGGAACAAGGCGAGGGGGCGAACGACGCGAACGGCAGCGAUGCCAAAGAGGCAGAAACACUUAGUCUGGAUGAGAGGUUGACUCGCAUGGAAGAGGACCUGAAGCGAGAAGAAGAGAAGGAGAAGGAAAAAGAGAAAGAGAAGGCAGAAGAAAAAGAGAAGGUUCCACCAAAACUGGAAAAGCAGGUCACGUUCUCGGUGGAACCUAAGAAAGAACUGGACAAGGAGCUGCCGUUGGUCGAGUACAACGAGGCGGUGUCCAAGCUCAGUUCCGCCUUGCAGUCCUUACAGAAGGACAUGCAGCGACUCACGGAACAGCAACAGAAGCUGAUGGGAAAGAAGACACCUUCAACACCUCCGGUCAAAACCACAACUUCCUCUAGGAGGACUCCGCCUCCCAGUAAGGCAUGGGUCAUCUCGGCCGAACCAAAAACCUCAGCGACGAUCCCAGCUCGGAAACCUCAUUCCAGCCGCGACCUGUCACCUGCCGGUUCACCGCGCAAGUCAAGCGAACCCAAAUCCCCCAAGUCUCCUAAAGUCUCUGCUUCCACCACACCUCGUAAACUCCAUAGCUCCGCCCCUAAAAGUCCCAAAAGGCACCACCCCACUCGACCAUGUGACCUCAGUUUCCCACCACUCAUGCGCGUCCUCACGCCACCCCAGAACGUCGACACGCUCCCCCACCUGCGGCGGGUUUCUCCCAGUCAGUGCCAGGUCCAGACUAGCUCCUCCCUCAGACUGGGAGGACCCAAGACCCCUCAGGAACCGGAACAGGAACCAGAACCGGCUCAGGCUCCGGCCCAGGAGAGCAGCUCCGAUUCGGUCUCCAGCAACGACAACACGCCCCUUUUCACUCUGGAGCUGGACACCAUUCCACCACCACCUCCGUCUGUGGUGGGCACUGUGAGCGUAUGCGGGGGAAGCAGUUCAGGACCCCCGUCUGAAUGCUCGUUCGAGAGCGAUGUGCUCCUCAGCGCCCCCCUGAGGACGGAGGAGGGAGAGACGGAUCAGGACCAGACGGAUAUUUUCUCCUCCGACUCCAUGAGCGACCAGACGGAGACGGAGAGCCGGGCGGGGGGCGGGAUCUUCUUUAAGGAGGGAGGUCUCUCUGAGGAACAGAUGGCGCUGAAGAAAGCUCUACUGCUGGAAAGGCAGCAGAGACGAGCCGAGGAGAUCAGGAAACGGAGGCAGGAGCAGGACAUCAGUCGACUCUCCUCUACAGAUGAUCUCUGCGCCUCCAUGACCGCGCCACUCUCCCAGUCUCUACCUACCAUACCCACCCUGCCCCCGCCCCCACAGGCCACGCCCCUACCAACUCAGGCCACGCCCCCGGGCACGCCCCAGAGGCGUGGCGCCUUCACCCGGGCGGAGUACGAGCGGCGGCACCAGCUGAAGAUCAUGGCUGAUCUGGAGAAAGUUCUGAAACAGAAAAACAAGAAGCAACAACACACUCCCAACAAGACCAGCAAAACCAACACACACACACACUCCCCACGCAAAGAGAAACCAGCUGAACAAGCUAACAUCACCCCCACUAACGGCCCGCUGCUUACUGACAGAAACAGCAGCACCUCUGAUUCGCCAUCAAAGCUGAUGUCACCGGGCCGUCCGUCCAAUCAGAACGGAGAUAAAGACUGGGAAAACGGUUCCAAUGCUUCUUCUCCAGCAUCAAUCCCAGAGUACACUGGCCCCAAACUAUUUAAAGAGCCGAGUUUCAAAUCCAACAAAUUCAUCAUACACAGCGCCCUCUCUCGCUGCUGCCUCGCCGGGAGAGUCAACGAGGGACAGAAGAACAAGAUUAUUGAGGAAAUGGAAAAAAGCUCGGCCAACCACUUCCUCAUCCUCCUCCGCGACAACAACUGUCAAUUCCGAGCCAUCUACACCCUGGACGGCCAAUCAGAGGAGCUCCAGCGGCUGUGCGGCGUCGGCCCCCGUGCCAUUUCCUGUUCCGCCGUGGAGGCCAUUUACAAGUACAGCUCAGACAGGAAGCAGUUCAGCGCGUUGCCGUCUCGCACCGUUAGCAUGAGCGUGGACGCCUUCACCAUCCCUGCACAGCUGUGGCAAACCAAGAAACAGGGCACGCCUAAAAAAGCAGCCACGCCCAAAUAGAGGAGACCACACCCACAUUACAUAACCACACCCACGAUAAAGAGACCACACCCAACGAAUUUGCCAAUAUCUUCAUGAACAGACAUCCAUUCAUCGAUCCCGUACUUUAGCCAGGAAUGAUCGAGUGUUUUUAUGAAUUGAACUACGGCUAGAUUAACAGAAAACUACUUCCUUUUAUGCUAAUGAUGUGGAGGAAAUGUAAUGGAUGUAAUACUGUAAUUUACAAUAGAGUGACCUUUUCAGAGCAUUAUUAGAGAAUUCAUCAUUAUAGAAAAGUACAAUAGUAAACAGAAGCUGCUGUGCUUCUAAGUGUCCUAAUCGAACCACUAGCCGAAAUGCUAAUAUCCCAGAUAGCAUAAGGAAUUGUCCUGAGCUUGGCUAAAAUACGGCAGAAUCGGCUGAUGUCAAUGCAGAAUUGGUAAGAAUGUUGUUUAUAUUUAGCAACCGGAGUUUUGAGAAAAGCGUUUUAUGGCCAAUUCUCAUUUUAUACUACGCAGCCAGAGCGUUGGUGGGAGCAGCUUGGGCCACUUUCUAUACUAUACUCUGUAACCGGGUGUAGGCACAAUUAGCUCUGCAAAAGUUCCUUUAUUACACUUGACAACUGGAGUGUUAACAAGAUCAGCACAGGCCAAUUCUUAUAAUGUACUCGGCAACCGGGGUGUUGGCAAGUGUGACUCGGGCCGAUUCCUAUAUUAUACUCAGCAACCGGGGUGGUGCUGCAAGCAGCUCCGGCCAUUUUCUAUAGUAUACUUAGCAACUGGAGUAUUAACAAAAGUGGCUUGGGACCGGAGUGUUAGCGCAAGCACCUCGGGAUUAAUUCCAUAUUAUACUCCAGAAAAUUAUUACAAGCAGCUCGGGCCAAUUCCUAUAUUAAACUCACAAACCGUAGUGUUCACAAAAGUGGCUCAAGCAGAUCCACAUAUUAUACUUGGCAACCAGAGUGUUGGCGCAUUGGGCUUGAGCCGAUUUCUAUAAUUAUACUUGGCAUCUGGGAAUGUGAGCCAAGCAUUUGGAUCAGAAUCAGAUCAAUGCCCAGUUUUAAGUUGGAAUUAAUGCAACUCAGGCCUGGUUUGAUGUGUUCGGCCCGGAAAUGGCCCAAGUGAUUUUUGCUUUUUAUUUUUGACUCAACAUCAGCCAAUGCAGAAUGUUACUUAUACUCAGUAACCGAACAAGAGAGGCCCAGGAAAAUUUCUAUAUUAUAUAUUUGGCAACCGGGGUGUUAUCGCAAGCACCUUGGGAUAAAUCCCAUAUUAUACUUGCCAACCAAAACAUUUUUAAAAGCAGCUCGGGACAAUUUCUAUAUUAUACUCAGAAACCGAAGUGUUGGUAUGAGUGCUCCGGGCUGAUUCCUAUAUUAUACUCAGCAACUGGGGUGUUGACAGAAGUGGCUCAGGCAGAUUCCUACAUUAUACUUGGCAACCGGAGAGUUAGCACGAGUGGCUUGGGCCGAUUGCUGCAUUAUACUCUGCAACCGGGGUGUUGGCUUGAGUGACUCGGGCCAAUUCCUUUAUUAUACUUGGCAACCAGAGUGUUUGCACAUGCUUCUCUGGCUGAUUUCUAUAUUAUACUUGGCAUCCGGGGCGUUGACACAUGCAGCACUUAGCUCGGAUGUGAGCUAAGCAUUUGGAUCAGAAUUUUGCUAUCUGGGAUGUUAGCCUGAAGCUAACACACUGCAGUGUUUAGGCUAGGUGUUUUCCGCCCUUGCGUUUGACCCUUUGAUGCUACCAGUUCUGAUGUGUGUACAUGGUGUCGAACACAACAUAACAGAAAAAACUGGAAAUCACUGAUAAUUACUUUCAUUUUUUAAAUGUAACAACAUAGAGAGACACUCUUUACAUGUGAAUACACACUGUUUACUGUGCGGUAGUGCAUAUUCUGAUGGAUUAAUGACUUUGAAUUAAUUUAUUUUAUAUCCGAACGAUUAACGUGAAUGUUUUUUUGGUUUAUACAAGGCCAAAGCAUGAAUUGCAUUAAUUUCUAUUGAAAUAAUAAGUUCCUUAAACCGACCCCAAACAGAUCAGCAUGAUGGUUUAUGUUCUGCAAACAUCCAGCAGGGGGCACUGGAUACACUAACCUAAUACAUUAACCAGCCAUAACAUUAAAACCACUGUCAAAUAUUCACUGGGAAAGUGAUUAUACACUAUAUAACAUUGAUGAUCAAAGUCUGGCUGCUAUGCCUGUUAGCAUUGUGGCGCUAACUCCUCUGGAGGCCAAACGUUGUGCUCUAAUCCUGCUAAACCUGGUUACUGUGUCUGUUAGCAUUGUGACACUAACUCUGCCUAGACUGGCUACUAGCAUUGUGGCUAACUUACUCUGCUCUGUACCUUCCAAGUUAAGGUGCUGUGUCUGUUAGCAUUGCAGCUCCAAUUUUGCCAAAGCUGGCUAUUAGCAUUGCAGCUAACCUACUCCAAACCUUCAAAGUCUGCCUGCUAUGCUUGUUAGCAUUGUGGCGCUAACCCCUCUGGAGGCCAAAAGUUGUGUCCUAACCCUAAUGCCUCUGGUAGCAUUGUGGCUAACCUGCUCUGCUCCAUACCUUCCAAGUCCAGCUGCUGUGUCUGUUAGCAUUGUAGCUCCAAUUUUGCCAAGGCUGACUAUUAGCAUUGCAGCUACCCUGCUCCAAACCUUAAGAGUCUGGCUGCUGUGUCUGUUAGCAUUGUGGCUAACCUGUUCUGAUUCAUACCUUCCAAGUCCGGCUAUAGCUAUAACCAUGGUUAACUAUUGUGAACCAACCUGGCUAAGCUUAACUACUGUGUUUGUUAGCGUUGUGGCACUAACCCUGCCCAGGCUGUUAGCAUUGCAGCUAACAUGCUUUUCUGCUGUCUGGGUGCUGUGGCUGUUAGCAUUGCAGCUCUAGCCCUGCCAUGGCUGGCUGUUAGCAUUGUGGUUAACCUGCAUCAUCCUUGCUGAGGUCUGCUGUUAGCAUCACAGCUAAACCUUCCCAACCUUGCUGAGCUGGGCUAAUGUGUUUGUUAGCAUCAUAGCUUUAACUCAGUUAAAACCUUCUGUUAGCAUCUUGACUAACCUGGUUCAAUUGUAGAAAUGAGUUUUUUGCUGCUACAUUAAUUUAAAGUAUCUGAUGCCAAUGUUAGCGUUAGCGCUCCAGUUACCACAAGACACUUUCGCAAUGUUAGAGAGGUGGUUUUAAUGUUAUGGCAGGUUAUUUCUAAAGAGAACUUUCAGUAUAUCCACCACAAAUCUUGGCUCGCUAAUCUCCCUAACUGACACUGAUGCUCACCUUUGGCCUUAAAUCCAGCUGUUGAUUGGUCGUAGGCUUUUAGAUUUAGAUGAUUGGUUGCUGAUUGGUUACAGGGUUGUUUAAGAUCGAAUCGGUUGAAGUUCUGAUUGGUUAGAUGCAUUAACAGCCAGCUGCUGAUUGGGCAAAGGCCUGUUUUAGUCUGUUCGAUUGGUCAGAUGUGUUCCUCCAUGGUUCUUGUAGUUUUUUUAGGUUCUGAAAGGCUUUGAGAACGCAGUUCCGGGGGGGUGGGCAUGUGAUGUUUGUUGAAAAUGUCUGUAAACUUUUUGUUUGAUUGCACUUUUCUAGCUCCUGGUUAAACUGGAGAACCCACAAGAGUCUAAACUCUUAAAAGUACUGGAGAUCCGGACCUUUCCUUUAUCCUCUUGUGAACUUUUAUACAUUUAAACGUCCAAAAGCUCCGAGUUUAGUGUGUUUUAGUAGUGUUUUUAAGAAGCUACAACAUCUGCAAAGGUUCUACAGUUAGAACGUGGGAAACGCGCGAAAUCCGAACAAACACUGUUGGAAAAUCGAUGGAACAACGAUUUGUAUCGACUGUAUGUAAUUUAUUCUGUUUUAAUGCUAAUGCAACACUUAAGAUGUUAAGUUAAGCUGUGUGUAUGAGAGUGUGUGUAUGAGAGUUUGAGAGUGUGUGUUGCUCUACAUUUAGUAAUAAACUUAAAAUUGGGACCCAUAUUUGUUAUUUCCCACAAACAGAAAGUUCUCAGAAGUCCCUACAAACCUCUCUUUUUUGGCAGCAGUAUUUACAAAAUUUAACGUAAAAACUUUAAUACACUAAUAUGUCAAAAAAGUUACUUAUUUUUGCAAAAUUAAUUCAGUAAUUUCAGAAAUAUUUGACUUAUUAUGUAAAAACAUUAAAGUUUUAAGACAACAAAUAAUUAAUUUUAAAUUCAAAGUCCAGAUUCAAUAUUUAAAAGUAAAAAUUAAAAAGGUAAAAAUAUCUAAAAAAAAUUUUUGACUACUUAAAUUUUUCCCUCAUUUCCUCGUUCUGUUUUUUGCAGCAGAUUUAAACAUUUUAGCAGGUAAAACUACAUUUAUUGUCAUGUAAUUAAAAUACUGUUACAUUUUGACACAAAUUAUUGUUUGUUUGCAAAACAAUAAGUAAAUUGAUAAAAAGAUCACUAAUGUAUAAUAGUUUAACACUUUAGUUAAACAUCAUUUUAUGUUAUUUUUUAUUGAAAACUUAGUUACUUUUAGAUACUGAGCUAAAUUUUCAACAAUUUCAACAAAAUAAUAAUUUGAAGAUAUUUUUUAAAUAAAAAAAAUAGAUUCAAUCCAAUAUAAAUAAGAAUUAAGAAAAUAUUUCAACAAAACUUUCUGAUGCAAAGACAAAAUAUAAAAGUACAAUUAAAAAAUAAUUAGGAAAAUAAGUUUGUUUUGAAACAAUAAAUCUAAAAGUUAAAAUUCUGCUGCCAGAAAUAAUAAUAAUUAGGAAAAAAAAAAAUCAAUUUCUCAAAUUCAUCCUGAUAAAUUUGAUUAGUGGAGAUCUUAUGAUCUUUAUGGAGCUGCUUUAGACUUUUACCUGAACAUCUCAACAUCUGCUGAACAUCUGUCCUCCUGCAACAUCAUCUCUUCAUCAUCUCUCCUGGAGUUAGCAGGUACACGCUGUAUAAAUUACCGCUACAUAUAAAUCUGCUGUAUAUUUUCAAUGCUAACGUGGCUAACAGUGAGAUGUUAGCAUGCUAACAGUGAGUGGAUGUUGGCAUGCUAACAGUGAGUGGAUGUUAGCAUGCUAGCGGUGAGUGGAUGUUAGCGUGCUAGCGGUGAGUGGAUGUUAGCAUGCUAACAGUGAGUGGAUGUUAGCAUGCUAGCGGUGAUUGGAUGUUAGCAGGCCAUGUUGACACUCUUUUGCACAAAUUAGCGUUUUCACACGUGGGAGUUAGCACUUAGCAUGAGCAUGAUUUACGCUAACUCCUUGGUUUCUUGUUCUGCUGCGUUCUGGACGUUGUUAGCCACGUUAGCGUUUCGUUAUUCAACCCUGAGUUCAGUCUAACGGUCAGGUUGACAGUUUGUUUAGUCGUUUCGGAGAAAACGAAGUGUGUAAAAAAGGUUUAUUAUGAGUGUUGCUACAGGAAGCUAUAUGGACUAAAGUAUUGGGACACUUUGUAAGCAUAUAAAAAAAAAAUCCCAAAAUUUCAUACUAGAAAUUGAGGCAUUUCAUUCUGUUCUAUUACCACAGUUAUAUAAAAUUCAGCCACUAUCCAUUUAGUUGUCCUUUAAAAACCGUUCUUAGUGAAAGUAUGGGUUUAGCUAAAAUUCAACUUUUUCAUUUUUCAGAUUCAGGUAUCAUUGAAGCCCAAAGAAACCUAUAGGUUUAUGAUUUUUGCUUAAUUAUUUUAGUAUCCAUAAAAUUUUGACAUAGUUUUAAGAUAUUAAAAUCUAGAUUUUCAAAGUAGAAAUUAAAACAUUUAAGAAAAUGCUUUGAAGUACUGUGUCAAAAUGUCCAUUAUUUAAAGUCCUUAUUUACAAUCAAAUUGACCCGAACAAUUUUUUUUGACAUACUAGUGAAUAUUGACAUAAUGUGAAUGUUUUAUAAUAACAAGUAAUUAAUUUGAAAUAAGUCUAAAUUAAUUUUAAAAAGUCUAAUUAUUUAAAGGUACUUGGUCCAAAUAAAAAAGUAAAAAUAUCUGAAAAUGUGGACUACUUAAUUUAAUUUUUUCCCUCAUUUCCUCUUACUGUUUUUUUGGCAGCAAUAUAAAAGUUGUAAAAGUUAUCAGUUAAAAAACACAUUUAUUAUAAUAAAAUUAAAUGUUAAAAAAACAUAUCAAUAUUUAUUAUCACUACAUAUACUAAUAUUAUUACUUAUAAUAUAUAAUAAUGUAAUAUAAUAAUAGUAUUACUUAUUCCUUUAAAAUACUAUCAAAUCUUGACACAAAAUAUUUGUUUUCAGUAUAUAAAAUUAAAAUAGGCUUAAUUCUAUGUUAAUUUUAAUAUAGUCCAGAGAUCAUUAUUCGCAGAUAACAGGUCAAAAGUUUAGACAUGUUUUACAAAUGUAUUUUUAUUAUUUUUUAUACAUUUUUACCAUUUUUGACAGCAAUACUUAAACAAUGGCAUAGGUAUAAACAAUAAUACAUAAUUAGCAUAUUAAACUAAUGAUUUAUUUAUAUAAGCAGGUUUAGAAUGAGAUUGUAUAACAGCUCCUGUGUGUUUAAUGUUUAAGUGUCCCAAUACUUUUGUCCGUAUUCUGUACAGCGGUGUUCCUAAUCUUUUGGCACCUACAUCUGUCUAAUAUUCUCCCUUUCAUUGUCCUCUCUAAACCUUCGUAAGUAUGUGUGUGUAUAUGAGUGUGUGUGUGUGUGUGUGUGUGUGUGUGUGUUCGUAAUUGCGCAUGACUGCUAAAGAAAUCGGAGAGCGUAAGUUACGUAAGUUUUCUUCAGUCUGGCUGAAGCUAAAUAAGGGGUCAAUAAAACAUUUUCCACAACACA